UCUUAUUCCCAAACUCCCAUUCUUUUUCUCUCUUGCCUCUGUUUUUUUCCUCUGCUUUGCAUAAUGAAGAACCUUCAAAAGCUUGCGUUCUUCUUCUUCUUCAUCCUUGUCAUAACCCCUACACUAGUUUUCGGAGAGUGUAAAUGCGAACCAGAAGAGGAAGAGGUAAUAGACAAGGACCAAGCACGCAGGUACAAAAUCGCUGCUCUUGCUUCGAUUCUAAUAGCUGGAGCAAUUGGAGUUUGUAUUCCAGUUCUUGGUAAGACUAUCCCUGCUCUUAGUCCGGAUAAGGAUAUCUUUUUCCUGAUCAAGGCUUUCGCCGCCGGCGUAAUUUUGUCAACCGGGUUUAUCCAUGUUCUCCCUGAUGCUUUCGAGAAAUUGAGUUCGGAUUCGCUGCCGGAGAAUCCAUGGCAGAAUUUUCCGUUCACCGGUUUCAUUGCCAUGUUGUCUGCGAUUGGGACUCUAAUGGUAGAUUCUUUUGCAACUUCUUAUUACAAGAAAUUGCAUUUUAAUAAGGCUCAGACUCAGAAUAUUGGAGACGAAGAGAAGGAUGGUGAACAUGCUGGUCAUGUCCAUGUUCAUACACAUGCAACUCAUGGUCAUUCUCAUGGUGCUCAUGUUGAUAAUUUGGGUUCGGCUGAGCUUCUCAGGCACAGAGUCAUAGCACAGGUAUUGGAAUUGGGGAUUGUGGUACAUUCAGUGAUUAUUGGAAUUUCAUUGGGUGCUUCCGAAAGUCCCAAAACAAUAAGACCUCUUAUAGGUGCUUUAACUUUCCAUCAAUUUUUUGAAGGCAUGGGACUUGGAGGUUGCAUAACACAGGCAAAUUUCAAAUCUCGAGCCGUGGCAAUAAUGGGACUUUUCUUUGCGUUGACAACUCCGAUUGGGAUUGCAAUCGGAAUGGGAAUAUCAAGUGGGUACGAUGAGGAUAGCAAGAAUGCUAUGAUUGUGGAAGGUGUAUUCAACGCAGCAUCGGCUGGGAUUUUGAUUUAUAUGUCUCUUGUUGAUCUGCUUGCUGCUGAUUUCAUGAACCCAAGGAUGCAAAACAGUUCAAACCUUCAACUUGGUGCAAAUGUUGCUCUGCUUCUUGGAGCUGGUUGUAUGUCUGUUUUGGCUAAGUGGGCUUGAUAAUUCUUUUCUUUUUUUCCUUUUUUUUUUUUUGGGUUAAUUAUGAGCUCUGUUUUUGUUUCUACAACAUGGGUUUUUGUUUGUAUACGAAAAUAGAAAGUUUUUAAUUUUAGAAUUUUGGAUUAAA